AAGAUAACAUCAUUACGUAACUGACCCCCACACUCAAGAGAAAUCCUGGGUGCCAGGGAUGGAGCCCAGGGCACCCCAGUGGCCAUCUCCACCACUGCGCCCGGAACGUGGCCUUCGGAGAGGUGCCUAUUACAGGCCUCAGUCUUGGCAUGAUGGAGAGAGGGUCCGUCCCCGGCAAGACCUCCGUGGGAGCCCCCAGACACAGCCAGAUGCCAGGGCCACAUCCCAGCAUCCUGCAUCUGUGCCCAGGCUGAGGGAGUGGUUCCCACCAGUGCCUGGGGCAGAUUACUAUGAUGCCUCUUACACAGGCCACUUAUACCCACAGCCAAGUCUCGAGACCCUGUACCAGAGCUAUGGUUCUCUGAGCAGGGAAGACUAUGCAUACAGCGGUUACUACCAUCAAGGACACCACCCAGCAGCCACAGGAGAAAAGAGACCACAGGGCUGGGACCCGUAUUGGGGCAGCCCUGGACCUGGGAGACCCGGACACCUGCCUGCUGAGAGUCUACGAGCAGGGCCCCAAGGAGAGACUUCUCUGCCCAGCGAGUCCAACCUUCUGGCACAGCAGGAAUCAGGGCUCAGUUCCAGCGGCUUUGAGCUCAGCCAGUACAUGGAGGAUGCUACAGAGAUGCGUGGGUCUGCUGUGGCCUCAGUCUGGAGCCCAGUGCAGGCUGAGGAAGUUUCAGCUGCAGAGCCCCAGUCCCCCAUGAAGUUUUAUGUCCCACACACGCCUCUGAGUUUCGGGCCAGGGGGCCAAUUGGUGCUUGGCUGCCCCCACAUACCCAGAGAUGGACAGACAGCGGUGGUGGAGCUGCACAGCAUGGAGGUUCUUCUUAAUGAUUCUGAGGAGCAAGAAGAAAUGAGGAUCUUUUCAGGACCUCUGAUCAGGGAAGUGCACAAAGUGGAUAUCAUGACUUUCUGCCAGGAGAAGGUGGCACAGAGCAGCAAAGCCGACACAUUGCAGAGUCCAGAUUCAGCUCUGCUGUGGAAACUCUUGGUUCUGCUCUGCCGGCAGAAUGGGUCCAUGGUGGGUUCAGACAUCGCUGAGCUGCUUAUGGAGGACUGCAAAAAGCUGGACCAGUACAAGCCGCAGCCAUCGGUCGCCACCUCAUUGGCCCUGGGUGACGAGGACUGGCCGGCGCUGAGCUCCGGAACCCCAAACCUGCUCACCGGGGAGAUCCCGCCCAGUGUGGAGACACCCGAGCAGGCCGUGGAGAAAUUCACCAAGUUGCUCUACUUCGGAAGGAAGAAGGCAAAGGCGCUGGAGUGGGCCAUGAAGAACCACCUAUGGGGCCACGCACUGUUCCUGUCCAGCAAGAUGGACCCCAGAACUUACAGCCUGGGCUUCACCAGCACCCUGGUGCUCAAUGACCCCCUGCAGACCCUCUUUCAGCUCAUGUCAGGGCGGAUCCCCCAGGCAGCCACGUGUUGCGGGGACCGGCAAUGGGGGGACUGGAGGCCUCACCUGGCGGUGAUGCUGUCGAACCAAGGUGGGGACCCAGAGCUGCACCAGCGGGCCAUCAUCACCAUGGGGGACACCCUGGCUUCAAAGGGGCUGGUGGAGGCGGCUCAUUUCUGCUACCUUAUGGCCCAGGUGCCCUUUGGCCACUACACUGUGAAGACAGACUACCUGGCCUUGCUGGGCAGCAGCCACAGCCAAGCGUUUCUCAAGUUUGCCACCACUGAGGCCAUCCAGAGGACUGAGAUCUUCGAAUACUGCCCGGGUGCUGCCGCCCCCAGGUCCUUCCUCCCCUCCUUCCAGGUCUAUAAGCUGCUGUAUGCGGCUCGCCUGGCAGGACCAUGGCCUGCAUCCCAGGCCCUGCAUUACUGCGAAGCCAUCAGCCGGGCCUGCUGUACCCAGGCGCAGAGGAGAACCCCAGUGCUGCUGCUGGCAGAGCUCAUCAAGCUUGCAGAGAGACUGAAGCUCUCGGACCCGCUGCUGUCAGAGCGACGCUCAGGGGACAGGGAAUCCGAACCAGAUUGGCUGAUGCAGCUUCGCCGCCAGCAGGAGGCGCUGCAGCCAAAGGGAGUGAGAGAUGCCGGGCACCUUUGCUCAGCUCACCCUGCUGGCUCGGGAGUUGGAAGAGUUGGUACAGGCAGCCACAUGGAUGAGCUGAGAAACUCUCCCUCCUCGGACAGCCAGGGGCUUGGAGGCCACCCAGGAGCUGCCCGUGACAGCUCAGCGCCACGGCCACCCCCGGAACAGCCCAGCCAGGCCUGGCCCAGAACUCAGCAGCCUCUCCCCUUCCUGCCUGGCUCCAGCCCAGUGGAAGGGGAUGCGACGCCUGUUGAGACCCCAGUGCCUCUGUACCCCGUUCCCCAGGCACCCGUGCCAGCCAGCUGGGACAGUCGGGCUUUGCCAGAGGCUCCAGCAGGGUUGGGCUUGGCGGAGGCAGCCCUGACCCCUGGGGAGCCCACCCCUCCGGAACCCUUCCAGCCCUUGUAUGGGGUUCAGGUGCCGCCAAGCACGCAGGUGACUUCGAGUCCCAAAGCGCCAGGUUUCCUCGAAAGUCCUGCCAAAGAGGAGCAAGGGGAAGAGGAGGAGGAAGAUGAGAAGGAGGAAGAGGAUGAGGAGGAGAAAUCCCUCCCAAAUUUUGCAGCCAGAGAGAAGCAGGGAGACGGCAAAGGAAACCCCAAGGGCUCAGGCUUCGGCUGGUUCAGCUGGUUUCGCUCCAAGCCCAGCAGCUCUUCAUCCUCUGGAGAUGAAGAUUCCUCCCGCUCUGACUCUGAGGAGACCCCUGGGGCACAGAGUGGCCCCCUAGCUAACCCUGGCCCCUCGCUGUUGCCUGCCACAGAGUCCCAGCCACCGAUGGGUAUCAGCACAGGUGAAGCCCCAGGAGCACUGGCCGGUGGGGGAGCAGCCAGGGUCACAGGGAGCGGAGGCCUUCCUGAGCUUGCGGCCUCGCCCCCCGAGCUCUCCUUCACUCCUGGCUUCCUGCUCCCUCCACCCAGCUUCCAGGGAGGUGUCCCUCUCUACAACCCAGCUCAGGUGCCACAGCUCUCCCCGAGGACCGGCCAGAACCGACCCAACCGCCUGGCACAGCGUCGUUAUCCUGCACAGCCUGCCCAGCUAUGACCAGGCACCUCUGUCCAGUCUUUCUUCCUGCGUCCCACCUGGCCAACGUUUUUCACCCUCCCCUAUUGGCCUGAGGAUUCCUACAUGUCCAGAGCAGAAGAAAGGAGAGUCUUUCUCUAGCUACUAGCAUCAGGACCAUGGACAGUGCCAGGUGCCAGUUGAAGUGGCACAGCUGGAGAUGGCACGUGCAUGGUUUAAAGCCAAAGCCCCAGGCCUCUGGCAAGUCCAGAUGUGGGAGUGGCUGAAGCUCCAGACUUGGUGGUAGCCAAGAAUGAUGGAGCCAGAAACACUUAGGGCUAUGGGCAGACAUGGACUCUUGGCUCUAUCUUCGCUCCAUUUC